CUCUAAUACCACCGCCAACGUUGUCAACGGCGGUCGGCAUACCUUUGAUCACGCCAUAUGUUCCGCUAGCCUCAUUGUACAUUGUGAGCAUACUAGCAUAAUGAGCGCUUCAGAUCCCCCACUUGGAGCCAUCGUUGAAGGUCCUUUCGGCAAAGGAGUUGUUCGUUUUUCCGGGGCGACUCAGUUUAAGCCAGGCAAAUGGAUUGGCGUCGAGCUCUACGAAGAAAAGGGCAAGAACGAUGGAUCUAUCGACGGUGUUGCCUAUUUUACCUGUAGAAUGGGCUUUGGAGUGUUCGUUAGGGCCAGUCAAAUAAAGGCGGUUCUUGGCAAUGAGAGGGAUAGUUUACGAGCGCCAGCCCCUGGUGGUAAUGGGCCAAGCACUCCUGCUCGGAUAGCGCCUCGCCCUUCUUUAGGACACAAAAGAACGGGCAGCAGUUCUGGUUUGCUUCGAGCGAAUUCGACUACUGUACGCACCGCUUCACCCUCAUCCUCUUCAGCUCGUUCCGUCAGCCCCGCGAAACCGUCUGCGAGUCCAGCGCCGCAGUCGACACGCCUUGGAAGGCUGGGACAAUCAUCUCCGACAAAGAAGUCACCUUCCAUAUCACUGCAUAAGCCAAGAGGUUCUAUAUCACUUCGUCAAUCUCCUCUUCAGCAGGACACACCCUCCUUAUCAGAGUCGCCUGUCAUUUCUUCUGCUCCCAAUGGUACUCGUGCACCGCGUGUCUCCUCACCACUUACGCUGUCAUCUCCGCUCCAAACAACGUCCCCCAGAGCUCCCACUUCGAGACCUCCAACCUCUCUCGGCCAAGCGGUUGCGACAAACCCGCACCCGCCACCUCAGAUAGCCCCUUCAGUUACAGCACCCCCUCUGAACGACACAGAACUACAGGAACUACGCGCCAAGAUACGCGUCUUGGAAGCGAAACGUGCCGAUGAUGCACAACGCAUUCGGGAGCUUGAAACGCGUCUUACAGAUGCCGAGGCAUUUGUAGCUUUACGACCAAAGCUACAAGCCAAGCUCAACUCCCAGCAGACUGAACUCAUUGCAACUCGCCGAGAGCUCGCAGACGCUCAACAACUAUCUCAGCUUGCCGAGACCAGGAUACUAGAUACUCAGGAACAACUUGAGAUGGCGAUGUUGGAUAAGGAAGUCGCUGAAGAGAAAGCUGAAAUAGCUGAAGCUGAGGUCGAGGACUUGAAGGAAAAAUUAGCCAUUGUUGAGGUCGAAUUGGAGGUAUUGAAAGAAGAACAGGAAGGAAUAGAGGAAAGGGUGGUGAAUGCGCCGGAGAAGGGGUCACUAGCAUAUAUACAGCUCGAGAAACAAAAUGAGCGGCUCAAAGAGGCUCUGAUUAAGCUACGUGAUAUGACCCAGGAAACGGACCAGGAUCAACGGCGCCGGAUAGCGGAAAUGGGGAGGGACAUGGAAGGACUGGAUGACCUGCAAUCCCAAUACGACUCGACCCUCAUCAAACUCGCCAAUGCAGAGACUCAAGUUGAAGACCUCAAGUUACAAUUGGACGACGCCCUUGGGGCCGAAGAUUUGCUUGUGCAGUUGACUGAGAGGAAUCUCAUGCUCGGAGAGAAAAUCGAAGAAAUGCGAAUCACUAUUGAGGACCUCGAGGCGCUCAAAGAACUCAGUGAUGAACUGGAAGAGAACCAUAUUGAAACUGAGAAACAGCUGCAUGAAGAUAUCGAGACCAGAGAAACUCAGAUACGCGAACAACAGCAUAAAAUCGAGUCCCUCGAAGAGUCGUGUCAGGACUACGAGAACACAAUUUCCCAGUUCAGAGAUUUGGUGGUUCAGCUACAAAAUGAACUUGAAUCUCUCCGCACUCGAACGCAAACGGCUCAAAACGAAUCAGCAACAGCAGCAUCCCAGACAGCACAGAUGAUGUACCUCAACUUGAAGCUUCAAUCUUCAGCAUCCAAGAAUCAAGCUCGCAACAUCGAGUUAGAGAUCAAGAGAAUCGAAGCCAAGGAGAGGGGUGAUUUACUUUCAAUCGUUCAGCCGUACCUUCCUCAACUAUACCUCGAAUCUGAUAGCGAUGCUACCAGCUGCUACCUGUAUUUCCAACGUCUGGCAAGCAAAGCUGAUCUCCUCAAUAACACCCUUGCUCAAACCCAUGGUUUACCCGAUUCACUUGACGGUCCUGUGUCUGAUGUGGUCGUCGGUAUUUGUGAUAUGCGCGGACGCAUAUCCAGUCUUUCCAUACUGUGCAAACGGUUCGCUGCCAUCCUGCGGAAAUGCGACGUCGAAAGAUUCUUGGACGUCGGAAAGAUAUACCAGGAGAUUGCGCCAUUGGAGAAGAGAAUCGAUAUACAUAUCGACUUGCUGAGAAGGGAUGAGUUCCGUGAGGGAGAAUGUGUCAGCGAUGUUGUCAAGAUAACAUCUCAAUUCAAUCAUCUCGCGGAAAUCUACUUCUCAGGGUUCAAGUUUGAUUUGGGCGAACGUGAACUGGGGUAUCUGGCUUCGUUCGAUCUGGACAUAGACACAUUCACUGCAUCUAUUGGACUUGCAAAGACAUCCGUGGAAACCAUCUUGAAGGAAGACGAUAUCGUCCUAGAUAUGGGUGGAUUCGACAUUGCUCCCGAGCUAUUGGAGCCUUUGAAAACGCUGCUGGACAAGAGCAAGAGUGUCAAAGCCACUUCUAGGAAAUUCGUGAAGCGAAUCGAAGACCUCAUUCAAGACUCGUCUGCUCUCAAAGAGCCCUUGAUAUCUCAUAUGGAGGGCCUGAGUAACAAAUGUCAAGAGUUGGUCAACUUCGGAAUCUCACUUGCGCAACAAACGUUGAAACACGUUGGAGACGCUCGAAGCGCCAAAUCACCAUUCCAGUUGACUACCAUCGUCGGAUUUGCUAAAGAACUCGCAAGCACUACGACAGGAAUCAACUACAAACCCGGAACUUUGUGGUGGGAAGCGGUCGGGGAUACUAUUACCCAACUUGUUAAAGAGGGAGGUAAACUGUUACCUACCGCUCUUGAAGCUGAGAAUGUUGUCAAGAUAAACGGUACGCCACCGUGGAUUUCGCGAGUCCAAGAAGUCAAAGCCAGUCUUGCUGUCAAUUUGGAAGCUGAAAGAAAGGUCGCUCAGCUCAAUGAUGAAAUUCAAGGUCUCGUGCGUAGUCUCAAGACCAAAGACCAGAACAUCCAAGAGUUGGGCGUCAAGAUCGAGUUGCAGGACAGACGGAUGGAGGGAGCCAAGAAACAAGGGGAUACUAUUGUCGACCUUGAGGCCGAGCUCGCGAAAGUCAGGAAGCAGGAGAAGGCUUACGAAGACGCUAUGGAACAACUUCAAGCCGAUUUGGAUGCCCUUGAACAAGAUAAUGCCAAGCUCAAGGCCGUGUCAGCCGCUCAAGAACGACAACCGACAGGCGCACAGAUAGCCGAGGCGGAACCUGUCAUUGAAAACCUUGAGCAGGCGCAUCUUGUGGAACUGAACGAGAGCCUUCGAAAUACUGUGCGCUUCCUGCGGACGGAGAACAUGUAUCUCAAAGGACACGACCUGCUUAAGGAAAUUGAAUCAUUACCACCCCUUCCGCUAAUCAAUCGAAUGCCCACCCCUGUAUUGGACCCUUCAGGUCUUUCGGAUACAGAUUCUGACGAGUCCGAUUCGGAAGGUCUAUCCAAACCCCCGCCGCCUCCACCUACUUUAAGAUCAUUAGCGACUGAAACCAAGCUAUUAUAUCGGGAUGUUAUUCAAUUCUCUUCAUCUUCCAAGGUCGUCGACCUUUCGGAAAUGAAUGCCAGGCGUAAAGCAGGGGGAAGGGUCUGGAUACCGAAGAAGAAGAUGCCAGCCCAGCAGGUUCUGGAGAGGAAGAUGGCGGCCGAGAGGUUAAGUAGACGGGUGAGAGGGUUACUGGAUAGAGCCAGUGGCAUAGGAGGAUUAUGAGCGGGAUUUUAUGGUCAGUUCUAUAUCUUUCUAGAUUUCUAAAGUUGUUUCUCGCUCGCUCUGUUUGGAUAUACCACCUCAUGAUAGGCUCAUUGAUACCAUGCUUAUCGCAUCCUCAUUAUCUAUAUGUAUGUAACUUCUCUAAUUAGCAUUACAUGUCCUUCGUGGAGGGAAAGAGUCGAGGGAUAGCUCUGAUAUGACCA